CUAAACUAAACUAAACUAAAGCAGCCGCCGUCGUCCUCUUGUCUAUCUCCUCCAUCUUCCAAACCUAAAAAACAAACAGCCGACUGAGAGAUCUUCUUUCAUUCAUUUUACGAUUCAGCAGGGAGGGAGGGAGGGAGGGAAGGGAAGGGGUUCAAUCAGCCAGCAAGCAAGCAAGCAGGAAAUUAGCUCAUAGCAACUCGAUUGAGCGCUUAAUCGAGCAGCAACUCGGUCAAGCAGUUGAUUGAGCAGAAAAUUCACACCACUACCACUUGUAUGAGUACAAACCGUUUUGAUCGAUCUUCUGCAAGAUUGUGAAGAAAAUUGGUGCAGGGUCCGUCAUUGUAGAGAUUAUGAGUAUGGCAAGUAGUAAAAAUCUCAGAAAAGUGGUAAAUAAGGUUCUCUUUUUAAAUCAAUACACACCCUCCUGGCGACACAUUCGAAAUCACAACUACACCAAUGUAUACAUGAAAUGGAAAAGUGAUUCAUACUUUGAUUCAAUUGAAUCAAUCCACAAAUCCAUCCAACUCAAACCCAUAAUCGCUCUCAAGAACCGUAUUACAGCCUCUCCAGAUGGUUGCAUCCCCGUUUCCGAUGUUUCAAAGAAAGGGUUACAGUUAGAAAUACCCAUUAAGGUUGCUAGGUUUCUUCGAUUAUACCCGUCGGUUUUUGAGGAGUUCACCGGACCCAAAUACAAUUUACCCUGGUUUAGACUAACCCCAGAGGCUGCAAUCCUUCAUGAUGAAGAACAAGCUGUUUAUCGGGAUUUUAAAGCUGACUUACAAAAAAGAUUGAGAAAAUUGAUACUUAUGAGCGUUGAAAAUAAGUUGCCGUUGAAGAUAAUUAAAGGUAUGUUGUGGUAUUUAGGGUUACCGGAGGAUUAUUUGGACGGAAAUGUUGACGGGUGUUUUAAGGUAGUUGAAAUGGGCGAUGGGCUGAAGGGAUUAUCGGUUGUUCAAACCGAAAAGACGUUGUCGGUGAUUCAAAAGAACGCACUAAGAACCGGAGUUUAUAACGGUGGACAAAUGGAAUCCAUUUCGUUUCCGUUGUUUCCAUCUAAGGGGUUGAGGUUAAGAAGCAAGAUUUUGGAUUGGUUGGAUGGUUUUCAGAAACUUCCGUAUGUUUCACCGUAUGAGGGAUGCUCGGAUUUAUGCCCGGGUAGUGAUUUGUUUGAGAAACGGGUCGUGGGUUUGCUCCAUGAGUUGCUUAGUCUAUUUGUGGAACAUUCUGCUGAGAGGAAGAAGCUUUUGUGCUUGAGAAAGUAUUUGGGGCUGCCACAGAAAGUUCAUAAGGUGUUUGAGCGACAUCCGUGUGUGUUUUAUCUAUCUUUGAGGAAUAACACAUGCACUGCAAUAUUAAAAGAAGCGUAUUGUGAUAAAAUGGCUAUUGAGGCCCAUCCUCUUGCAACGGUAAGGAGAAAGUAUAUUGAUUUGGUGAUGGAAUCGAAAGUUAUAUUGAAAAACCGAAGGCUGCAAAAUCAUUCUUUUUGCUCGGGUGAAGGGGAUUUGAAGGUUGAAGAUACUCAUAGUGCAAGUCAAUGUCUAUAAAUUCGUUUAGCUCUAUUUCACAUGUGGGUACCGUUGUCCAUCAUGGAUCGAAGGAGGCGAUUGUUGUGAUAAAGAGAAGGCUGCUGCACAAAUAGAUGUCCAUAUCGGUCUUUGGAACUAAAAAGGCAUUUGGAGGCUAGAAGGAACAACUCUUGAAGGACCAAAUCCUGAGCGCUUAUGCUGCUUUGACUAACUAGAGCAUGUGUAAGAUUAUUCAGCAAAUUUGCAAAACUCCGAAAUAUUUGGUAUGUUCAUGCAUCCUUUAUAUCUAAAUUGUUGGUGAUCUCAGUGGUGAAGGAUAACACUUGAUUAACUUCUGCUCCUUGCAUUAUAAAGUGGAAUUUUGUAUAGAUCAUUUGAGCCUUGAUAACACUUGGUAUGCUAAUGUUUUUUUCUAUCUAAUUUAAUCAUUAGAGAUGGCGA